AUGUACUCUCCAUUUACCCCACAACCAUUCGGCAUCUACCAGCCAGCCUACUGUCCGGCUACCGCGUCUCCGGCAUAUGCAUCUGACAGCCUCAAUACUUUGUUGAAGCACAUUGCUAACCAAAGCGCUACCUUUCAGUCACAAGUUUCUGCUCCCAGGGAAGGUUUCAAGCCUCGGGUUACCCUGAAACAUUUGGCUGAUGGCGAUUAUCAAAUUACCAUCGCCAAGCAUGCUGCGGGGGGUGAAGAUGUCUUUGCGGACUACCAGAUCAAGUUCUACAACAGAUCGAGCACCGUCAGCGAUUUGGAGAUUGUUUCUGAAAGUGACAAGCUUGUAAAGGUGUUCCAGUUCGAUGCUGGUGAUUACGACUUGUCCCAGACCUCUUACACCACCGUCGACGACUCCUACUUGGCUAUCAGGGUUCCAUAUAUCUCCAGACGCAAGCAAGAACUCCAGAAGCAGAAGCUACAGAAGCAAUUGUUAAAGCAGCAACAGGAAGAAGCUGCCAGACUUGCAGCUUUGCAGAAGGCACAAGCCGAGCGUGAGUUUGUUAGACAGCAAACUGUUAAAGCCUUGGAAAGACAAAUGCAACAAGAAUUCGCCAGAAAGGUACAGGAAGCAGAGGAAGCCAGAAAGGCACAGCAGGAGUUGCAACAGGCUGCCAUUCGCGCUUAUCAACAAAUACAAGCUGAAGCAUACGGUAAAAGAGCGGAGCAAGCCCAACAAUUUUUAUUUCACUCUUUCGUUGGUCCUUAUAGUUUUGCUCACCCACUUGCCGUCUCCGCUUCAGUCCCACAAACCCAAUGUCAAUCCUCGCCAUUCUCCGAUACGGUUCCUCGUGUCUCGGAGCCACCUUCUCCGAGACCAGUAACGAAUUCACCGAUCCCACAGGUGGUCAAAAAGCCUGAAUCUCAAGUCCUGUCUAAGAAACCAACGAUAGUUUCUGUCUCAGCCCCAGCAGAGUUACCAACCAAGACGUUGGUAAAAGCUCCGUCACUUGAAGAGGUUGAGGAUGAAGAGUUUAAGGGGUUUCAGCUUAAAUAG